AUGCGGCACUGUACGCUUUCUUUGAUUGAACCUUACGAGCGAGAUCCAAGACUGGCAAGUGUGGAUGUGAACUCCUUCGGGUCUGAGUUGAUUGUGACAAUGAGGAAAAAUUGUGAACCCCCUGUGAGAACCGGUUUCAAUAUCUGUGUGAGCAAUGCAUCUUUGAAGGCUGGAAGUUUGCGCUUCCGAAGUGCUGUAAAAACACGUGACAAAUUAAGUAAGGACUGGUUCACGCCAGUGCUGUUCCUUAUCGUAUUUGGAGUGUUCCUGUUAGCUGGAAUAGAUGCAAUAUUGGGAGAAUUCGCCUCUGAUCCUGUAGCUUUCGGAAACCUCUAUCUCAAAGUGCCGUGUAAAGUUUGCGGCAAACCCCCAAUUUUCUUACCUGAAGACACUGAUAAGGAGAACGCAUUGCUGUGUUUCCCGUUUACAAAUGAUGAUAUCAUUCUAACUAGUCCACGGAACCUCACCUAG